AUGCCAUUGAUCUUGUUUGUAUUCAUUGCCUUCAUCUACUUCUUUGGUGGGAAUUAUUACGCCAACGCAGAGAAGGAGUGCACGUCGUCGCAGAGCUGCGGCCCGACUCCAUUGGCAUUUGCAUCGUCUUGGAUUGAGGAUACUGACCAUCGCGCAGCUGACCUCCUUGAGAAGUACGCUGGCAUCACAUCACAGCAAAGACCCGAGACUUCUUCGACGUAUUACCGCCGAAAUGGCGAAGCAACAUCAGGAGAACUCUGGCUGGAUGUGCGGCACAUGCAGAAAGCUCAGGAACAAGAACGCAUGGUUUUGCGAUCUUUGCGGCAACAGCCCAAAAAGAAUCGUGGCAGAGGAAAAGGCAAAGCCAAAGGACACAGCGGCCCAUCGCAACAGGCGCUGGCGCCCCCUCCGCCACCACCAAUUGCUGGUCCAGAAGGGCUUCAACCUCCAUGGAUGACUAUGCCAUUACCGCCUGGUGCAGCAACAUCCUCAGCAUCCACGGCAUUAUCGCCAGCGGAGCAAAAACUGAGGGAAGUAUCCACGCUGCUGAAGAAGGCCAAUCCAGAGUCCUUGACUCCCGAACUGCAACAAUUUGUAGCAGACGAGACCAAGGCUGCGACCAAGAAGGACGCCAAAACGCUCUACACAGCAGUGGGUGCACUGACAAAGGCAAGGGAAGAACUGGACACAGCCCUCCUUGCCAGGAGCAACCUCAUGUCACAGUGGAGAUCCUUCCUGACUAUGCCGCUGGAAAGAUUCAGGCAGUACACCGAUCACUUCCAGAGUCAGGAAAAUGCACACCAGGAGAAUAUCAAGACCGCCAAAGACAAGCUCCAGAAGGCCAAAGAAGAUUUCAGCUCGAAAGAAGAGGCAGCUACAGUGAUCUCCGACGAAGAGGGCGACGCCAAGGACACCUCGACGAAGGAGUCAGCCGACAAGAUCCUAGAAGGACUUGCACAUAUGACAGAGAGCCUUCAAAAGCUGUCCGAGCAGGCAGCACAGGAGCAAGCGGAAGAGGAAAGGAAAUUCACCAUCACUACAGCCUUUUGGUGUGCCCGGUCACUGAUGACUCUUGAGUACUUUGACCGCUGGGCGCCAUGGCCAGACUCCACAAUUGCUGCGGAUGUUGCAGCCUUGCAAUGGUCACACUCCAUCCUACAGGAGCCCAUCUACAAGUCGCCCUGGCAGGCUAGUGAGGAUGCCUUGCAAUUGGCCUUUGAAAUGCAACCAGACAGCCUUGUCGCACAAUGUGAGAAACGAGAAUGGGGCUUCCUUGUCUCUCACAAGAAAUCUAGGAAGGGUCUCACAGUUUCCUUUGACCCGUAUGCGCAAAUCCAUUUUGGGCCAGAGUCCAGUCCCACAUGGACAUCAAGCAGAGUUCCCACUGCUGGUAAUUCACAUGGAGAACAGUCGCCGAAGAGCUGCAACUUCUCCCAAUCCUUUUGCAACAAUUUUGAUGACCACACAGCCGAACAGCCAAUUUUGACACUGUCAUAUAGUGCACCACGCAUGCACAGGCCUGACGUGACAGAGAACCCGAAUUUUCCAGAUCCGCCCAGUACAUCAGAGGAAUCAGAUGGACACCGAAGACCUGGCAGAGUACCCAUUAGGCACCUGCCAGCCUGGGUCGAAUCUCUGUGGAACAUUCUCCAAGAUGAAGGAGCAACCGAACUCCUGGAGGAGGGACCAGUCAUCUACUUGAGCACGUAUUACCUCAGCCAUCGCGAUUGUGUACGGCAAGCUGUUGAUCGCCCAAUCCGCUUGACCCGUCACUAUGAAGAAUGGAUAGAGGAAUUCAAACAAGUAUGGGGAGACAUGUUCGACAGAGAAGCUGACUUCAACGUCUACCUCGUCCAGCCAGAGCCUCCCAUCUCGAUCACGCGGGGGAUUGUCGGUAUUGUCCUCAUUGUCCAACAUGCGCAACCAGAAGGUGCAGCUAUUCUCACAACGGCAUUAUUUGAUGAGUUGCCAACGCCGCGCACCCUGGAGAUCGCACACAUUGUUGACGUCUGGACGGACUAUUCAACUGUCCUCCGCCGUGCUGAAGCUUUUGAGGCAUGUCGGGAAGCAGAACGGCAGAAUCUUCGACCCUGCGUGCUUCGUGCUGGAGCACAUGUUUUCCCGAGAGAACGACCCAUCAGGAUGCAUGAUGGCUUAGGACUGGUUGUCAAUGUCCCCAUGCUCAUCAAUGAGGAAGAAUGGAAUGUCUAUAUUCGACCUCGAAUGGAACAAUGGCAGGACAUUGCUGAAGUGUUGCAACCGGAGCAUGCAAUUGAGCCUGACCAUACUGCCAUGAUGGCCCGUCGGCCAAGAGCACGCACUCCAUUGUCAUCCAGCUCUUCAACAUCUACUUCGGACUCCAUGCAGACAUCUUCAAGCAGAGAGCCUUCUAGUGGCAUGAGAACCUGGACAAGAACUGUCGUCUACACGAUCGAUGGCAACGCAGUAUCAUGCCUUCUGCCUGACGAACAUCAUCAAGAAUUUCAACGACGAAUUGCGAUCGCACUUGGCCAUGAAGAGAUCGCUGAGAUUUACAACGUCUUGGAUCGUCCUGAUGAUCUCGUUGCAGUUGAACUACAAUGUCUUCUGGCGCUUCGCAGCGGAGAACGAAGACCGAUAUCCUUCUUAAGGCUCACGCUCCUUGACCUUGAGAUCAUUGAAGCAAACGAAAUUCUGCCUGGAAUCUUCCGAAGACUGGCAAAGUGGCUCCCGCACACAACAACCAUCACUUCGUUAUUCCGCAUCCUGAACAUCGAAACUAUCUUUCGCCAACAUGAAACCAAAACUUCUGUUUGGCUCAACAAUGUUGUCAUCGAUCCCAAGCGUGAAGAUCCAAUUGUCAUUGAGUCCAAGCAGAAGAAACUGAACCGGAUCUACGUCAUCUGCAUGACAUCUGGAACAGGCCGCAUCUCCAAACUCAAGGACCUGACCGAAUCUGUUGCUCUUCCUGCUCAUGUCCAACUUUGGGACAAUGCGCUCAGACAAGUGUGGAGGGACAGACAGCACCCGCACUGGCCGAUCCGUAUGCAGCUCAUAUUCCCCACGCCUGUUGGAGCACCAAAUGGAGGGCACCUUUUGAUUCUACAGCAUGAGCACCCAAUGGAAGCAGGCAUCCUGCUCACGGUCUCUGGAGGGCCAGCGCAGGACCGUUUUGCACAACUCGUACCCAGCAUGCUACCCUUUGACAGACUGCUUUGGUUUGCAGAUCAGGAAGUUCGUUGUGUGCAAAGAGAAUGGGUUUGCCAUGCAACCCACAACCAUCAGAGACUUUCCACGAACAACCCGUGGAGAGCAGAGAAUGGACAACAUAUCGAACUACAUGUUAAAGUGCGUGCAGAGCCUGCAUCUUCUUCCUCACAUGAGGUUUCUGCCCCACAACCAGCAGUGCCUCCAGCAGCUGAUCAUCCAAACGACUCCAUUGAUGACUUUGUCUUUGAUCCAAUGGCACCAGUCUUCAUUCCUGGAGAAGUUCGUCUCGACCACAUGCCUGAAGUGAUCCAAGAUCUCUAUGAGGAAUGGACCAGACUUGCGUUCAGCUGGCAAGGUGAAGAAGCAAGUGCGGAAGUCACUACUUGGUUUGUUGAUCAGCACGACCCUGCACAAAGAGUAUGCUGGCAACCCCGCAACAUCCAACUGACGUCGCAGUUUGCCAUGUGGGAGCACCAAAUUCGUCGACUUUGGCAUGAUAGGAUCAUUGACGGAGCACCUAUUGAAUUUGUCAUUGUGCAGCCACGUCCGCCACGACUUGGCAGACCGGUUGCAGCUCACGUCCUACUUGUUCAAAGACCACAACCAGAGCUUGUCACCAAUUUGAUCACCGGCUAUGACCUCACAGUCCCACAGCCGGGCCCACAUUGGCAGCUUGCUCUGACGACGCAUGAACAUAUUUUCUUUGAGCAGAUCAUCCAUAGCCUUGGGCUCACGCAUCGAUGCCUGCUCGCAGCCGCUGAUCGACACUGCAGAGGAUGGUACGGAUCACAGCAACUCAUCUUUGGACGCCCACUUCAAGGACGAGAUGGCUAUAGUAUUGUCAUACAACUGACUGUCAGGCAACCCAUCGUUGCCCAACCACAUGUUGCGAUGCUGCAAACGCAAAUGAAGCUCUUGGAUCCCAAGGAGUGUAGUGAUGUUAUUGAAGACGCCUCCUCCUUUGAUGACCUUCAGGCAUCCAAUGACGCUACUGUUGAUUCCAAUGACCAUCAACCACCAGUGCGACUUCGUCUAGCUACAUUGUUGCCUGAAUUUGAAGCCGUCAAAGUGAAAGCAGCUGAUCCAACACAGCAACUUCCACAUUUCAUUGAGAUACCCAAAGACUCUGCUGAAAAAGGAGUUACAGAUGAGUUGAAGCAUUGGGGGCUCCACUCUCCAGUCUUUGAAUUUGGACUUCGGGGCGAGUACCUCUACUACAACCUCCCUGAUUCGAGCAGGGGAGCGGGCAUCCACUACAUGCUCUGCAAUGACGAUCUCCAAGAUAUGCAAGGGUCCAUCUUACACACAGAUGCGCAGAUCCUGAACGAUCAAGAACUCAUGCGACUCCUGCAUCGUUUGGGAUAUGAGCGAGCUGUUGUCCUCUCCAAUGAAGCUCUCUUGCCUGAUCUCCACCGAGUUCGCUUUUGGAACUGCAAACCAACGACUCAAAGUGAUGGCAAAUCGGAGCGGCAAAGGACACCAUGGCCCUUGAGAUCGCCUACAGACUGGAAGCCCUGUCCACUCUUCCAGGUCGACUCGUGGAAUGCUAGCAUUGAUGCUGAAGCAUGCCUUGUCAAGACUCCCUUCUCAAAAGCUGACCUGCAUGAACUACUCAGUGCUGGCAAGGAUGUGCUUUGUAAGGACUUCACAGUUGGCAUCCAGAUGGAGUGGACUGCCGCUGACGCGCACAAGAAGGAACAAAAGGCAUGUCCUCAACCCGACUGGAGCAGUUAUGAUUCACGCACUGCUGUGAGGGACAAACUCACCACAAUCUCCGUCUGUCCCUGGCAUACAGAUGUGGAGACGCAGGCACAACAUCUAGCUGCAAGCCUACAUUCGGCCAUGCGACGAAGUCCAAGAGCGCCACGCAUUGCCAAGAAGCCCUACAUCACUGAGCAACUUUGGCAAUGGCGUACAUCAAAACUUCGCUUGAAGAAGAAGGUACAAGAGCUCCAGAAAUACAUCAGACGACAAGCUCUGCGUGACAUUCUUCGCGCCUGGCAACGAAGCAGGGCCAACAUUGACCAUGGUGAGUCAGCCGAGGAGACGGUCACACUCCUUUGCAGAAAAAUCAAGUUGUUGGCUGAAUACAAGAACUAUGCCAAAAAACUACAACAAGGACUCCGCCAUGCGAAGCAAGUGCACCUACGGGAAAGCUUAGAAGCCAUCGACGCUGCGACUCCUGCAUCAGGAAUCCUUCGUUGUCUACGCAGCUACAUUGGCCCAACAAACCCCAAGAUGUGCAAGAAGAAGACCAUCCCACUUGUGCACAACGCGACUGGAACUCCAUGCACCACCCCUGAGGAAGCAUUGUCCACUUGGGUCGAUUUCUUCAAGAGCAUGGAAGGUGGCGAGCAUAUUCCGUGGACUGUUCUGAGACAGAGAUGGAGGGACAAUUUGUCCAUGCAAAGAUUGACUGAACUCCAACUCGAAUGUACUGACAUGCCCACGUUGACAGAUCUUGAGAUUGCAAUGCGUUCCACGUCCUGCGGCAAAGCACGCGACCCAGACAGCUGGCAGACUUUUGGAGCUUUGUGUUGA